AUGCCCCGAAACAUUACCAUCUAUAUCCAGAAUUACGCGUACGUGGGGCUCACAAAGGAUAUGAGGGCAAUGUGUCACCAGCAGCCGGAGUUCUCUGCUCGAUGGGAUAGGAGUCUGCCGACGGGUUGCCAUUUCAGAAUUCUGAAUAAUAGCUUGAAGAGUCUAGAUCGGUUCCGUGUCGAACGGGGCGAUGAGAUCGUUGGUCGGCUUCAAGAAUGGCACCGGACAGGCUGCGGAAAUGGAGCGGAGAGGGUCUUGACUUUCGAGACACUGAUGAAUGAGCUCACGCAAGCUGGCGUCGAGGCUGUCAGUAUGGGCCAUGCUUAUGGAUACCAAUCAGCUGAGCCGGAAAAGGAUCGCGAGGAGGAGUGCGAAGAGGAACCCAGAGGAGACCGCGAGGUUGAUGAAAUUUCCCGCGAGGACGACGGUGGACAGGACGCUGAAGACGACUAG